AUGAGAAAUAUGCAAAAAUAUGUACAUUAGGAUAAGGAGCAUAUGCAAAAGUUUAUGCAUGAUAUUAAAUGGGAAAAUCUCCUUAUUGACAAAGAUGGAAAUAUUGUCAUUACAGAUUUCGGACUUUCAAGAGAAUUCGGUUCUCCAGAAAGGGCUUUAACAGCAAAUACAUACACUGUAAAUUAUCGACCACCUGAGAUUAUUCUUGGAAGCACUUAAUAUGGCCCGAAGAGUGAUAUGUGGGCACUCGGAGUUGUUUUUAUAGAAAUUUUAAUGAAGUUAUAAUAUUUGUUUUUCUCUAUAAAUGGUAAUUCGACUGAAGUUUUAUAGAAAAUUUAUGCUUUAAGGGGUACACCAAGCCCUGAUAUAUGGGAAGGUUAUGAUAAAUUGCCUUGGAAGAUUGAAUUUACGGAAUGUAAUGCAAAAAACUUAUCUAAAUUGAGUAUUUUAUAAGGGUAUUCUUAAGAUUUAAUUGAUGUUUUAGACGCUUUAUUAUAAUUAGAUCCUAAUAAAAGGCCAAAUGCUAGUGAAUUAUUAGAUUGGAAGUAUUUUAAAGAAUGUCCAAAUGAAUCAAUUCAACUUAAUAAUUUCGCUAAAUAAUAUUAUUAAGAGGAAAUGUUAAAAUAUAGAUUAUAAUGA